CCACUUUGAAUCGCGCCCAACGUCUAAACGUGUCUUUUGCUCUAUCGUGACAUUACUUGUUCAUUUUGCUUGUGUAGAUGAAGCAGUGUCCGUUGAAAAUUUAGUUUGCGAACGACUUCAAUAGAUUGAGUUUUUUUACAUCGGAAAAGUGAAACGAUGUUGAUUAAUGCGUGGCGACCGCUAAUCACUUUGUGGUGCUCAUCUGCGACGAACAUAGCCUUGUUUGUUGUGCUUAUUCUAGUGUUAAUCAACGGUGUUCCUAGGCCGGUCAGUGGUCAUGGACGGUUGAUGGAUCCACCCGCGCGGAAUGCGAUGUGGCGCUUCGGGUAUCCCAAUCCCGUCAAUUACAAUGACAACGAACUAUUUUGCGGUGGUUAUGCUGUACAAUGGGAACAAAAUGGAGGAAAAUGCGGUACGUGUGGCGACGCCUACAAUCUACGAACACCACGACCACACGAGAUGGGUGGUGAAUACGGGAAAGGUAUUAUCUCGCGGCGAUACCUUGCCGGACAAGUUAUCGACGUGGAGAUUGAGCUUACUGCCAAUCAUAUGGGACACUUCGAGAUUUACCUGUGUCCGAAACAAAACCACCGUGGCGAUGCGCCACAAUCUUGCUUCGAUCGCUACCCACUCUAUCUAGCCGGCACACGAGAGGUACGAUUUCCCAUACCACCGGAGUCGGGCAAAAAAGAUGUGUUCCGUUACCGGGUGCAAUUACCAAAUCAGGUAACCUGCGCAUCAUGCACUAUGCUAUGGAUCUACCUUACCGGAAACAUGUGGGGCAAGUGUAGCAACGGUACCGAGGGUGUUGGCUGUGGUCGACCAGAAACGUUUCGCAACUGCGCGGAUAUAAGCAUCGUAUCCAAUACAGGUGGUGGGAGGCCACCUCUCUUUGUGGGAAGUAACAAUCCGUUCUUGCUGUAUUACAAAGACUAUCGUGACCCGAAACCGGACAACGUGUACCCGCUGAUCAUUCGGGACCAGGUAUGCGUACCUACUGAGGCUUACCGUAGCUUCAUUGGCAUGGAAGACUGGUGCCAGAGCAACUGUUUGCGUUACCCACCAAACUGUCCGGAAUCGGUUUGCUAUUGCCCACAAACCUGCGAAGCUAUAGGGGAGAUAGAAGGACAGGAAGGAGCGGAUGUGUAUUGUCUCGACCAAUGUCUCAACUAUAGGUCCAGCUGUCCAGCCAACAAAUGCCGCUGCUACUGA